GAGAGAAAAUGGACUUUCUCUAAAGUCUCGGGAUACUGCUUAUCUUCGUUCAUCUCCUCUCUUUUUUUUUUCUCUUUCUGGAAAUGAUGAUGAUGAACGCUUCAAUAAUUGAAUCCAGUCUCCAUCAAUGGCUACGCCUUGCCCUCAGCUCGCCUGAAAUCUGACGGGCCUUCACCAGCUGUACAUAUGUACGUAUGAUUGUUGUGUAUAUCUACGUUUUUUUGUGUAUGUUUUAUUAUAUUUUUGUACAUUUUGUGUGUGGAAUCUUCUGCUUCUCGUGUGUUUUUCGUCGGGAAGGUUUGAAUUGAAGGCGGAAGCCGUAUGAUCUGUUAAAUGAAUGAUUCAUGUUAGAAGAGGGGGAAAAAAAAUCUCUGUUUGUUGUUUUUAUUGUAAAUUAAUUGAUUGAUAAGAGAAAGGGAGAAAGAGAUGUAUGGCGCAAGAGCUCACACACAGAGCCUUAGGGAUUUGGCGUUGGAAUAUGGGUUGCAGAUCACGACGCUCCGGCCGAGCAUCUACGCGAGGAGGGCGAACCUGACGGUGAAAUUCCAGGAUCUGUACGGGUUCCCGGUGGAGGGGAAUGUGGAUGAUGUGAAUGUGUUGAAUGAGGUGAGGGAGAAGGUGAGGGAGCAAGGGAGGGUGUGGUGGUCAUUGGAGGCCAGCAAAGGUUCCAAUUGGUACCUCCAGACUCAUGUCUCCUCUACUAUCAAGUCAUCCCUAAAGUUCUCUGCUCUUGUCAAUGCCAUCACACUCAAGCGCCUCAUCCGUAAGGGCAUCCCUCCCGUGCUCCGCCCCAAGGUCUGGUUUUCCCUUUCUGGCGCCGCCAAGAAGAAGUCCACUGUGCCAGAGAGCUACUAUGAUGAUCUCACCAAGGCUGUCCGAGACAAGGUCACCCCUGCCACCAAGCAGAUUGACCAUGACCUGCCACGUACUUUUCCUGGUCACCAAUGGUUGGACACUCCAGAGGGUCAUGCUGCUCUUAGGCGUGUUCUUGUUGCUUAUUCAUUUCGAGAUUCUGAUGUUGGCUACUGUCAGGGCUUAAAUUAUGUUGGGGCUCUACUACUGCUUGUGAUGAAAACUGAAGAAGAUGCUUUCUGGAUGCUAGCUGUUCUUCUAGAGAAUGUGCUAGUCAAUGAUUGUUAUACAUAUAACUUAUCUGGGUGUCAUGUUGAACAAAGAGUGUUUAAGGAUUUGUUAAGAAAAAAGUGUCCAAGGAUAGCCUCACAUUUGGAUGCUUUGGAGUUUGAUGUUUCUCUUGUUUGUACAGAAUGGUUUCUCUGUCUUUUCUCAAAAAGUUUGCCUUCUGAGACAACCUUGCGCAUCUGGGAUGUCCUAUUCUAUGAAGGGGCAAAGGUCCUAUUUCAUGCAGCUUUGGCAAUUUUUAAGAUGAAUGAGGAAGAGUUGAUAUUGGCACAUCAAGUUGGAGAUGUAAUAAAUAUCAUACAGAGGACCACACAUCAUCUUUUUGAUCCCGAUGAUUUAUUAACGGUUGCAUUUGACAAGAUAGGCUCAAUGACAACCACCAGCAUAUCAAAGCACAGGAAAAGGCAGGAGCCGGCGGUGUUGGCAGAGCUGGACCAGAGGUUGAGGCGGCUGCACUCCUUAAAUGGGGAGGAAGAAGAAGACAAAUAGGCGGCGGCGGCGGCGGCGGUUCUUCUUAGGGAGCAGGCAAAUGUGUAACUGUAAUUUACUAUAACAAAGUACAUCUUUUUCGAGUAGAGGUAGGGUCUACGCACACACCCCAGGCCCUUCUCUUGUGGGAUACAAAUGGGUUGUUGUAAAGUAUUUGUACAUCUUUUUUUUCCCCCUUAGGACAGAUCAUAGAAUUUGGAUUGAGGUUUGGGCGUUUUUGGAAGUGAGUGAAGUUUGCUUUGUGAUGUUUUUGCUUGCACCUUUUGAAAUAUAAAUGCUGAUGGAUUUUGUUUACUCUGCGGCCACAAAUCCGAACCGGGUACGCUCCCCGUUCAUGAUUCCGCAGCGACAGAGGAUGCCGCCGGUUCCGGGUCGUCUCCCGCCGUCCCCAACCCCGCGACGAUUCCUGCAAGUCAAACUGCGCCUAACCGCUGAACCCGUGCGUGCAACCUAAGGGAGCAGCGAAGAGGAAUCGCCCUACUUAUGGUGAGAAAUUUAUUUUUCAGAAACAGGCUGUUUAUUUGCACUUCUCUUUGGUCUUCUUAUCGGAACUGAAUCAAGGAGCAAUUGUCCAGCUUAUGAGUCUAGAAAUGAUCUCGUGUAGGGUAUAGCCUUCGAGAAUUGCUUGUUUCUUAGAGAAUUGCACUUUAAAAUGAAAAUUGGGUGUUUUACCCGUCCUAAAAAAUAAGAAAAAGUCAAAGCAGGAAUAUAGUUUCAGGACGGAGGGAGUAUGGACAAAGAGAGUAUCAUUCACAAUUAAAAAGAAUGGAGUCUAAAUUUAUUCACUAAUAAACUAGUGUUUGUAUU